AUGACUCUUCCAUCUUGGGCGUUGGAUUACCCAGUUCUUGAGGAACGCAAAUUCCCGAAUCGGUUUUCGGGCGACUAUUUUCGCGACACUCUUCCACCUGACCUGUAUGAGCUGGAACAAGCUGUGGUGGAUGGUGAUGUCUUCACGGUGCGAAAACUGUUGCAGGCUGGUGUAAAUGCAAACGCCCCCUUGGACAGCAACCACAUGACAGCCUUGAUGAUCUCUUGCAUGAUGGGCAAUUGGGACCUCGUCCAGGUUCUAGUCGAGGAUUUUGAGGCCGACCUGGAUGGACCGCUCUCCCGUGCAGGAUUGCGUGCCAUCGAUUAUGCCGGCUAUGAGGGUUACCGAUUCCCCAACGAGCAUCCGAUAUGCGAAUAUUUGAAGAGCAAGGGCUCGCAGCACACCUGGUGGGGAGCCUGCUGUGCAGGUGACUUCAACCGUGUGAAGGAAUAUGUAGACAAUGGGCAGGACGUUGAUGAAGUCAAUCCAGUCUUAUGGAAUGGAAACGCCGUCUUUAUCGCCAAGGAGUUUGGCCACAACAACAUUGCCCAGUACCUGCUCACAAAGGGAGGCACAGUAGUUGUCAGGAACUGCCAUACUAUCGACACCCAUGAAAUGAAAUGGUCCAUCGGCCGUGGAGACUGCUUCUUCUACAAGGCCUGCAAUUUGGAGCGCCCAGGAGCAGGUGUCAUCGACAGCGCGUACUUGCCAGAAUGGGAGUGA